ACGGUCUCGAUAAUAAAUGAUAGAGGAUACAAUGACUUUGCUGUCUCUGCUGGGUCGGAUCAUGCGUUACUUCUUGCUUAGACCGGAGACCCUGUUCUUACUGUGCAUCAGCCUGGCCCUGUGGAGUUACUUCUUCCACACGGAUGAAGUGAAAACCAUUGUUAAGUCCAGCAGGGAUGCGGUGAAGAUGGUGAAGGGCAAGGUGGCUGAGAUCAUGCAGAAUGACAGGCUCGGGGGGCUAGACGUGCUGGACGCAGAGUUCUCCAAGACCUGGGAGUUCAAGAGCCACAAUGUGGCUGUCUACUCCAUCCAAGGCCGGAGGGAUCACAUGGAGGACAGGUUCGAAGUAAUCACUGACCUGGUGAACAAGACUCACCCCUCCAUCUUCGGGAUAUUUGAUGGGCAUGGAGGAGAGGCAACAGCAGAAUACGUGAAGUCCCGCCUGCCUGAAGUCCUAAAACAACAUCUUCAGGACUACGAGAAGGACAAGGAGAACAGUGUGCUGUCUUACCAAACCAUCCUGGAACAGCAGAUUUUAUCAAUUGAUCGAGAAAUGCUGGAAAAACUGACUGUAUCCUAUGAUGAAGCAGGUACAACUUGUUUGAUCGCACUGUUGUCAGAUAAAGAGCUCACAGUGGCCAACGUUGGUGAUUCGCGAGGAGUCUUGUGUGACAAGGAUGGGAACGCUAUCCCCUUGUCACACGAUCACAAGCCCUACCAACUGAAAGAGAGGAAGAGGAUUAAAAGAGCUGGUGGUUUUAUCAGCUUCAAUGGCUCCUGGCGCGUGCAGGGGAUCCUGGCCAUGUCCCGCUCGUUAGGAGAUUACCCUCUGAAGAACCUGAAUGUUGUCAUUCCCGACCCCGAUAUUCUUACCUUUGACCUGGACAAACUGCAGCCAGAGUUCAUGAUCUUGGCGUCGGAUGGUCUGUGGGAUGCUUUCAGCAACGAGGAAGCUGUCCGAUUCAUCAAGGAACGCUUGGAUGAACCACACUUCGGUGCAAAGAGUAUAGUUCUACAGUCCUUUUACAGAGGAUGUCCUGAUAAUAUAACAGUGAUGGUGGUGAAGUUCAGGAAUAGCAGCAAAACGGAAGAACAGUAAUUGCCAGCGGUUCUCUGCCUCACUCUGAACUAAAAACAAACUCUUACAUUUUAAACAUAGUAGAAAGCUGUAGUAAAUACCAUUAAGGUUCUACACAAAAGGAACAGAUCCCUCUGGUCUUUGUUCUUUGCUUAACAAAAGGAGCAAUACAACAAAUUCAUUCUGAGUGAUAAGAAUUACAUUUGUUCACAUGUACCUGUCUCCUGUGACCUUGCUGCUCCUUAGAAACUAACUGUAAUCUUCCAUUUCAGAAUUUUCUUUACAAAUCCUGUGUGCGCAUUUCGUUUGAUUCCAUUUGAUCAUUUCUAACAGUCAAAGGCUCGUUCAGGUGCACGGCAGGGUCAGGGCAGUGCUGCCGCUUAAGAGCAAGUGAUAGGAAUGAUGCUGCUUCUCACUCAUCGGUGUGAUUCUUCAGAAUGAUUCUCAUGUUUCUCAUCUCUUUCUGGUUUUAAUCUGCAGUGAUAAGGUUGUAUAGGAAAAGGUUUGUGAUUAUUGGCCUGUUAUUGAUAUGAAGGAGGAAGAGGAGCCAACUAUUAGCCUGCUACCACAGAACUGGCUCUCUCGCUUUGUUUAACCUCACCCCCCUUAAAUAAAUCCCCACCGAGCAUGUGAUUAGGUAUAGUUAUUGAAUUACCUGAAGCCACAUGUUUACUCAGUCUGUGCGAUACUCUAAUAACAUUUCUUCUACGCCAUAUUGUAUUCAAACCAACUAAUGUUAAAGUUCAACAAAAUACGGUGAGGUCUGACACCUUCCAUAGCAAAAAAUGGCUCUGUCGUGAUAGAAGGAUGCCUGUCAUUCACCGAGACCCACCCUUUACAGUGUUUUUUUGGCAUGGACUUUUCACAGACGUGUAAAGAAAGGAAUGCAAGAUGAAAUUAAUUUCCUGAGUGACUGUUUGGAAAACUAAUUAAAACAGGGCAUUCCGCAGAGCUACCUAGAUGGAAGUCAAGCCUAUUAAAAGACUUCCUUGUACUGCUGCAGAUUAAUUUGUGGUGUUAAUCCGGGGGAAGGUCACUCUAGAACCGUGUGUUGGUAUAAUGUAUAAAUCCCAGGUAGUGUCACUGCACUGUGGAGAUGAAAGCUUGUGUUAGAUCUACAUAAAAAUAUGUUUAGAUCUAGCUUUCAGUAUUUAAUUUUGGAAUCUGUGACUGCUGUAAGUUUAAACAACGACCGUCUGAGUUUGCUCUACCUCUGACAGUUUAGCUGCCUGCUUCAUGAUCGAGAGGCAACAGCCGCGGAGCGCCAGGGCAGCGCGUGUCAGUGGACAGAGCCAGGGCCUGAGCUGGAGGUCAGUAUUUCGGAUGGAUGGCUUACCCCUGUCGCGUCUUACAGCUAUCCUUGGCAUUCCCUCCCCUCACAGGGUGGUCCUGGCCGAUCUGCUGAAGUCUCUCAUCUUGAAGGUGGUGGAGGCUGUCCGCGUUUAGGUCCCGAGGUGAAUCAGGGGUGCAGCGCGUUAACUAGUGUUGUCUGUUUCCUGGGUAGACGCAAUAUUUCUCAUCACCCUACAGCGUUUUGGGGCCAGUGGCUUGCUGAUCCCUAAAAUACUGUGAUGCGUUGUGGUUGUGCAGAGCGGGUGUGUGUCUCUCAAGGCAAAAAUGAAUGAGCACAAAUUUCUGCUGGAGAAGGAAUGUCCGUCUUAGUCUUUCCAUGUUGUCCCUAGGGUAUCUCUUCCCCAACAAAAUUCCCUCCCUUCAUCUGUUUGGAGAUCGUCACAACUCUUAAUUGGAUCUGUUGCUAUUCCCAGUGCUAUUCACGUUGUACACAUACCCUUUAGCAGCCUCUUCUCAUCCCAGACUCUGGGUAGAGCCCCUUGACGCUGAGUAACAGGCAAGUGAAAAGAGGAGUACAGAAGUGUCCCGCACCCUCUGAAGCCAGCAGGCAGCCAGCCCACCACCGGUCCUUCCCCAGAGGAUGGAAGAUUUUGUACUUUUUACAUCUCUUGAACUGUGCAUUCAGUGAAUUUUAAAUGCAACUGUGCAGUUAAAUUGAGCAGCUAACAGGGAAUGUUAAUAAUUGCCGAGCGCCUCAGUUAUUUUAUUUUGAAAAGGUAUUUGAGGUUAGAAUGCUGUGAAAUGAAAACCUUGUGUGAUAUUUUCAUGGGGAGCGCUUAAUCGUGUACUCAGUAAUGCUACAGCAGCAGUAUCCAAACUGUGCUCCAGGCAGAGUUCCUGGUGCAUGUCGUGUUUGCCUUUCCUUUCUCCUUCACAGCUGAUGUUUCCGUUGUACUGGCUUUUCUUUGGAGGGGACAGCCUGGAUGUUUGUCAAAAUGGCUGCCCAGGGAAAAGAAGAAUUAGAGUCAGCAGCCUACAGAACUCUAAAGCCGAGGGACGCUUGUGUAGCAGAGACAUCACUACUAAUCCUUUGAGAAACUGGAACUGGAACAGUGGUCAGCUCCAAAAAAACCAUUAUAGGCUAACGCCGCUUGAGCAAAAAGCUCAUGGCUGCCACUAAGGCUCCUGCAGCUCAUGUUCUUGAGGUUAGCGAGCGUUGCGGGGGGUGCCCGACCUGCUGAGCACAGCUCGCCUGCCGGUUGCUCUGGCAUUCGAGACAGAUGGGAAAAUGAGGUGGCAGGAAUCCGUAGGCAUUCACAGACUCCUGAGGCAGCCGUGAGGAAGCAGUGGGAACGUGGCCUGCUCUGGAAGUAAGCCAUGCUCGCAGGAUUUGGGGAAACACAUAGUGCAGUGCAAUGCAGAACUGCUCGGCAGGCAUGUCUGGAGAUUUACUCCAGGACUCAUUUACUCUGUCACUCACAGGCCUGUCCAGUCAGUUACUGAAUCAGCCCUAUUUCAAGCGUCUGCAGGUGCAACAAUAGAUGUUUUAGCACCUUCAAUUCUCUCUGCAACACUCCCACCUUUCUAGUAGCUCUCUCCUGGCCAAAGACAUUCACGCCAAUGAUCUCUGGUAAGGUUGUUGACUUUUGGGUUUAUUAUUUAAAAAAAAUAGUUAUAGCUACUUUAGGUUUGUUUAAAGAUGAAGGACUAACGGAGAUGAGAGGCUUUGUGCGGUCUUCCACAUACAUGCGCAGUGCCUACCUAUGCUCCCUGCUAGAAGUCUUCAAAGAAGUUUUUAAUGCAGAUCUGGACACCUAUAACUUUCCAGUCGUGCUGAUUUGUGCCAAAUUCUGCUGUGAUACAUACAGCUGCUGGAUGACAAGAUUAACCAAUGUACAUAUUGCUUAUGCAACCUAAACAGUCUAGGGUCUGAUCCUCCACUGCCUUAAUAAUACAUCCUACAUCUGGAAAGCACUGCUGGACACUGUAACCAGAAAUACCCCACGUAUGCUCGAGCCGCCUGGCAGAAUGUGUCACAGCAUCGCAGGGGCAUCCUCGGUGCUGCUUCCCUGCUGCCUGGGCACCUCUGCACGCAAAGGGAGAUGCUGUCCGGCUGCAGUGGCUUGUGCAGACCUGAGAGCUCCCUCUGGCCGUGUUUGUUCGCAGAAUUUUUUGCUGCUUAAGCCCGAGUAGCUCCACUGGUGACAUCUGUUCCUCAAGAGCGUCCCAUGCAGAAAAACAUGAAGUUGCUGCCAAAAAGCAUCCUCCAUACGGUCCAAUAUGAAAAAAUGUACCUUGUAAUUAGUCAUCUCAUCCAGAGCUUGGAAGCGUUUGGGUUUUUCCCAGUGACGUUACAAGCUAACAGUGUAACUCACAUCAUGCAUUUUAAAGAUACUGCCAUUUAGCUUUUCAUUUGGCUUAUGGACUGCCAUUUAGUUUAUCGUUCUGAUUAUAUACCAGUGGGGUGUUGGGCUUUUCACUGGUGUAACGGACGGACUGUAACCAUCCCCGUUUGUAGCUGCUGGUGCAGCCGCGGGGUGCCGGGUCUCGGUCCCGGCCUGGUUAGGUGCGAUCGCAGCUCCGCCUAGUGGCAGGCCUGGCCUCGGCACGUACCCACGCAGCAUUCUGCGAGUAGUUGCUCUCAGCCCGUGUGAAAAAAGUCAUUAGAAGUUCCCGUUGUCCCUCGUGCAGUUCACGAGGAGGUGAAUGCAGGCCCGUUCUCUCAGGCUGAAUUUUAUAGCAGUGCCAGAGCAGCGCGGGCUGAAGGCGUGCAUCCGCAGGCGCAGCUACGAAACGCAGACGCUCAGAUGCUAAAAAAACAGACGUGAAAGUUUGGCACACCACAGUGCGGCCCUGCGGCCCCUGCCAGCUCCCCCUCCCACGUGGGUGGCUUUGCAACCUUGGUGAAUGCAUUUUAAAUGCUUGUUAGUGGGAUCCAAAUGUUUGGCAACAGCGCGGCUUACACAGAGCGCAGCGAUCCAGCUUGGGAGAGUCCAUACUUCACUGGGAGUCUCGGGGGCGGCAGGAGACGCUAUUUUAUUUUGUAUAAAUCGUACGCCGCUUCUUUUGUUGCAACAUCCAGCAGGAGUGGUCUGGGCGUAUUGAUCCUGUCUCGCGGGGGAGGGACAGUCGCAGACAGCAUUGUGAGGCUCGCAUCAGCACUGCGGUCCUACAAUUUCUAAAAAUACAAAAUUUGAAAUGAAUGAGCCUGUUUUACUGAAUAGAACGUUUAGGUAACUAUAAAUAAAUUCCAUCCAACAUCAUGUAUUGUCCACUGACUUGUGAACACAAGGCCAGUACCAACUGCUGCUGAUGUUAUUAUGGUAUUUUACCAUUUAUGUAAGGGAAAAUUAUGUAAGUUGUCAAGUUGUUAGAAUACAAAAGUUAGUACUAAAGCACUGCAUCUGCUUGAGCUGACAGUGUUUCCUACAUAAACACUAACGCUGCAUCUUGAAAGUAAGGGAGUUUUGUUGUUCAGCUGCCUCUUAGAAUAUACGACAUCCUUGCUUUUAAUAUUAAUGUACUGCUAAUGUAUCUGAUACUUAUUUUACACAGAGAAACAUCUAGUAAGUGAUUAUACUAAAGGAAAAAAAAAACCCAAACUCACCAGCCUUUCAUUUCCUGAAGUAGGUUUUUAGGCCUCCAUUCCGAAAGCUGGCUGUGCACCAUCGCAGGGUCAGAAUUUAGAAUGUCCUGCGGAAGUUGGCAGCUGUACAUCCAGAGCUGCUGCCCCUCCGUGCAGUCAGUAUGGUGAUAAAUUACCUCCCUAAACCUGAGGACUCGUAUCUAAAGAGAUAUAUACAGUUAAGUUAAUACUGAGUUGCAGUUUUAAUCACUAUUAUUUAUAUAGUGGUGACAGUCUAAGGCUUAGGUAAGCAGCUGCUUUACAUAUAGUUUUCCUUUAGGUAAGUUAAAGUUGUAGGUAUCAGGUGUCUCUGGUUAUAGAUGAUAGUCUAGACGCUCUGUCAAGCAAAACGUGUGCGGCCAAAGCAGCCGAAGCCUAUCUAAAACCAUAGAUAGAUGCUCACAACAAGAGCAGUUCUUGAGUAAAGUUUUGAAAUCCACUUUCGUGAGCAGCUCAGCUCCUGUGUCUGGGCUGCUCAGUCUUAAGGAAGAAUUCCAAUUAGUUGAGCAAUAGGGAAAUAAAGCACUUUUUUCUGCAUUUAAAUGGCCAACCCUCUAUUCUUUUAAGCCUUUGGAAAUGUGUUAGUACUUCUAGGAAUGUGGAUGCUCAGAUCUACUUCAGCCUUUAUUCCACCAAGUUAAUGAAAUUAAUAACCAGUUACAACAUUUUAGGAAUCUAAAUGCAGAACUAUCAAACCCUGCUCUCCGGGAAUUCAUGCGCUGUAUUCAGGGGUGUGAGAGCAAUUCAGGUGAAACCGUACUUGAUCUGCACUUACUUGAUCCGCACUUGCUUUAAUCCUGGUAGGAAUGAGAGUCCUGAAGUCCAGCUGUGUGGGCUGGCAGUGGGACACCUGCUCAGCGUCCCGCACGUCAGUGCCGGUGCCACCACGCUGCUGCCGCCCCGGGAAGGCAGGCUGGCUCCGUGCCGGGCUGCUCCCGCGCCCCUGCACCCCGCUGGCUCCAGCUGUUCUUGAUGGCCAGAGGCUCCCACAACACAACUGCCAAAGUCCAUGUGUCAUUUUUAAAUUUCUUCCUUCUGGAAAGACAAAUUUAGUUAUGUUGAAAACAUGAUUCGUUUGGGAAAAGUUCUUUAGAGCUAGUUCCACUCUCUAGUGAAUCACUCGCUGCUCCUUGGUACGUCGUUCCUGUGCAUGUAAGCUAGGUACAGAACGUAAGCGGUGGCUAGCCAUGCUGGAUUUACAAAUGAAAUCAACUCUUUAAAAAGUUCAAACCGUCACGUAACUUAACUACAAAGUUGUUAGGAGCGGGGUGUGGAAAAACAACUUUAAAACACGUACUGUGCGAAUGUUACACUGAGCGGCUGUAAAACCGCUUUUACACAGGGUAUUGGGAAACACUCCCUGAGAAACACUCGAGACAGUCAUUUCGAGAAUGAACUGCACGUUUGGAACUCUGCAAGGGCAGGUCAGAGCUUCGUUAACAAAAAUCCUACACAACACACCAGAUAACAAAGCGCAAUGUUUAGGCAAUCCAUCUUGGUUAAGGACAGCUUCCAUUUAGUAGGAGGCGGCUGUAUUAUUGUAGAUAAGAGCCUCUUCAGGCUUGUUUGUAACAUUUUUUUCACUCAAAGCCAGAAAUGUUUUUAAGAUUUUAUCUUUAUUGCAAGCUCAGGGGACACUGCACUUUACUCCUAGGUGGAGGACCACCGCAGGCAAAGCAUUACUGAGAGAAGCAGCUAGGAGUUUGGGCUGAGCCCCACCCCAGCCGGGGCGGCCGUGACACCCUCACACUGUAUAAACCCCACUCAUUCAGAUUAUUGGGAUUAAUGUGGUCUGGAAAACGAACACACUGUGCAGCAGCUGUCAGAAGGCUAGAGGUAAACAGAGCUCCGGUAUGUAAACCAUCCCAAGGGAGGUGACUUUGGGUAAAUUUUAUACUGUUCAGUCCUUAUUUUAUAGGAGGAAAACUAAGUCCCAGAGUCCCACAAGGGCAGGUGAGACAAACGGUGCUGUACCACAGGUAGUACCUCCUCAUCUGAGUUGCAGGUCGAUACCACCUUUAGCGAAGCAUCACGUAACAGCAGCGUUUCGGAGACAGGCUAUGCUCUCUUUAGUCCUGUGAAAGGAAGUGGCUUUAGGAUUUUUAGAAACCCAAUAUAUAAAUAGGGGAGGGGGGAGCGGGUUGUGUUGGUUUUACAAUUUUAGGUUUCUUUAAAAUGUGGACUCAACUACACACGAAAAACCCACCACCAAACCCAACCAUCUGCUUAGCUUCAGUUUAACUUGGUUUUCUUCCCCUCCUACAUGGAGUACUUGCAUUUGGAUACGGUUUACAGCUCAAUAUGCAACAUACAGUAACUGCAUUAAAACCUGGCAAGCCUAAUUUAACAGAGAGUGCAGAAAGUGCGACAUCUCCUUCCCUACCACCUCGACCUUAGGUGAACUGUAAAGUACUUCCUGAACAACCAAAAUGGUAUACACGCUACUCAGACAAAAAUGGAGAUUAACAAACAUUUUAGGAAUACGGAGCAAAGUUCUGCCUCCCAAACUUCUUCAACAUACCUAACGUAACCCAGGGACACCUAUCAGGAACUCAGCAUCGCUUGGUUAACAACCUUCAAUCAGUUUUUAGUUUAAAUUUGAAAGAAAUGUGAUAAAAAUUACAUUAUUUAUUGUGCAUCCAGGCAUUCAUGAGUUACUCGCAAUGAACUUCCACUGGAAGGCUUUAGUAGUGACUAGAAAACGUAAGGCAAAACUUAGGAAAAUACUCCAAACCGUCUGUGUCCUCUUAAUAGCGAACUGAUCAUAGAGAAUAAUGCCCUGAAUUGGCAGCACGUACUGCUUCAUGGUUCACUUUGAGCUUGCCUGCUCUCCAAUGCACACAAGCAUUGAUACAUUUGACUUUUUAACUCUUCCGAAGUGACAUACAGGCAGCACAGGCUUGACAUUUCACAUUGUAAACCUCUUUUGCUGCCCACCCAGCAGUGGUUUCCCAACACCUUCGACUGAUGGAUUAUUAUUGGGCUUUGCAAGUCAGAGCGCCCCAUUUUCAUACCCACAUCACGAGUGCUUGGGAUUCUGAUUUAAUACAGCUUUCCGAACCACCUGCCUGCACGACAAAAGGAGCCUUAGGAUUUGGAAAAAUCUUAGCCAGUGGUUUAAACUUCAUUUUUAGUACAAUAUUGUAGGCAGAUGCUAUACAAUUUGGGCCCACCGCUGACUUAAAUGUUUAUAUUAGUUCACAGUUUUAAGCUUUUUUUUACCUCUUGCAUGGCUGCACACACUAGAAACUUCCCUGAUACUUGCUUUAAGUGGAAACAUUAGCUUAGUUAUGAAUUUUUAUGGUCUUUUAAGCAAUAAUAAGGUCAGACUCAAAUACAAACCAGAUUUGGAAAUGAGGGUUUUGUAAAAAAAAAACAGAACAGGUGCAGGCAUAUUUUCCAAUGUAAAUUUCUUGCAGAAUUGAUGUCACUUUAGGUUAAAUUUCAGGUGGCAUAAACAGAUCACUGUGUAUAAACCUGCAUUUGUGAAAGCAAAAGCCUUGUAAUCUACAAUCAGUAGUAUUGUUCUGGGGCACAAAUAUAAAAAAUACCGUGCUUGGUGACAGUUGCAUUUUUAGUGCAGCCCCGCACAGCCAGUUCUCUUGAUACUCGUUUCGUACUCUCUCAACAGGAGCACUGUCUGCUUUAUCUAUCCAGUUUCUGAAGAUUGCGUAGUCUUUCACAAUUACUUUUUUUUUUUUUGAAAAAGCAAUACAAUGUGUGCUGUAGUAUCAGUGUUCUCAUGACAAACUAUUUAUUUCUAAACAUUUAACAUGGCAGGUUUCUAAAAAAAAUGGAGGUUUUUUUUUUUAAGGUGUAUAAACAAUCAAAGAACAAGUUAAACACUUCUCACAGAGCUCUCAGGAUCUGACCACAGUACAAUCAAACAACAGAUCCGAAACCCAUAGGAACGGCUGCAGUUCUACCUGUUUCUAGAAAUACAAUAGCAUUCUUCCCUCAGUUAUGCAAUACUGUAUCUUUAGCUAUUUAGUUUAACAAAAGAAAUCUAUUUUUGGAAAACUUUGACCUUCUUAACAUAAAUUCUUAGAACACUGACAUCUGAAAUACUUGUCUAGAGAGUAUUGUCCCCAAGACCUCAUUUUUAUAUCUAAAAAAACCAACACAUCCUAUUAUUCCAUCAAAAAACAUGUGCAGUUGUUGAAAAGAUAGCGAGAUUCAGUACCAACCAUAAUCACAAUGUAACAAAAAAACUGGUGAAACCUCCAACUUGGUACUAGAGGUUUCUGCACCUCUUCUAAUUUGUCUCUAAGAGACUAUCUGAAAGACAGCCAAAUGUAAAUACAUCAUAACAUCUUAGCUGUAGUACAAAUAAGGUGGCAGUGCUCUGUCAUUCUAGGUGUACAGGAUGUUGCCUUCACUGUGUAGUGGGUGUGUCAAGAAUAAUUAUGUUAAUGCAAUUGCAAAUUCUGUAUUGUUGUCUAUUAGAAGUGUAAACUACUGAAAACUUGGCCUUGCUGAUACGAAUAAAGUGAUUCAAAAACCUGUCUUUACA